CUUACUUCCGGACCGUGCGUUUCACAUACAGGAAGUGAGUUUAAACCGACUGCUGCAGCCUCCCAGUGUCCGUGGAGAUCAGAACUCCAGCUGUGAGGAACGGAGUCUUUAUUACACAUCACACCUUCUGUAUUCUCUCUGAUUCACCAAGGAUGGACAAAGACAGGAGUCACAGGACUGAGAGGAUAAUAAAUAUCACCCUGAAGAUCAUUUACCUGCUGGCUGGGGAGGAUUACACAGUAGUGAAGAAGACAUCCAAUGAGUGUGAGAUACUCAACAGCCAUCCCUGUGUGUCAGGAGUUCUGAGUAGAACCCAGAGCCCCAUCUCAGUGCCUCCACCUGACCCACUAAUACAUGAGAGACCCAAUGACCAAAAGAUACUGGAACUCACCAACAAGAUCAUUCAGCUGCUGACUGGAGAGGGUGAAGCCCAAUUAAAUAAUAUUAAAGUCAAAGAUACAGAGGGAGAAGAAGAUACGUAUGUGACUGAUAUGAACGCAGAAGAUAUAGAGGGAGAAGAAGAGACGUAUGUAACUGAUAUGAAGGCAGAAGAUACAGAGGGAGAAGAAGAGACGUAUGUGACUGAUAUAAAGGCAGAAGAUAUAGAGGGAGAAGAAGAGACAUAUGUGACUGAUAUAAAGGCAGAAGAUCUAGAGGGAGAAGAAGAGACGUAUGUGACUGAUAUAAAGGCAGAAGAUAUAGAGGGAGAAGAAGAGACGUAUGUGACUGAUAUGAAGGCAGAAGAUCUAGAGGGAGAAGAAGAGACGUAUGUCACUGGUAUGGAGGCAGAAGAUAUAGAGGGAGAAGAAGAGACGUAUGUGACUGAUAUAAAGGCAGAAGAUAUAAAGGGCGAAAAAGAGACGUAUGUGACUGAUAUAAAGGCAGAAGAUAUAGAGGGAGAAGAAGAGAUGUAUGUGACUGAUAUAAAGGCAGAAGAUAUAGGGGGAGAAGAAGAGACGUAUGUGAGGGGUGAUCAGCAGUGUAAGGAGGAGGAAAUCUCUACAGAUAUCAGCACAGCAGAUGGACACACAAGCAGGAAUAUCUCAGAAGGACAUCUAAUGUUAUCCCCGGAUUGUGACAUAAGAGAUAAUGACAGUAGACAGGAUUCUCCAGGAGAUAACCCCAUUACCCCAAUUAUACAUCCAGCUCUAUCAGCUGAGCCCUGUGAUUCUGGGAAAUGUUCUCCUGAUCACUCUGAUAUUGGUGCAUCUGUUCCAGCUCUGACAGUAGAUACAGUGUUUCCGUGUUCUAUAGAUGCCAAAUGUUUUACAGGUGAAAGGCCACUGAUAUGUUCUGAGUGUGGGAAAUGUUUUACAUAUAAAUCAGAUCUUGUUAUACAUCAGAGAAGUCACACAGGUGAGAAGCCAUUUCUAUGCUCUGAGUGUAGGAAAUGUUUUGCAAACAAAUCAGAUCUUGUUAUACAUCACAGAAGUCACACAGGUGAGAAGCCAUUUCCAUGUUCUGAGUGUGGGAAAUGUUUUACACGGAAAUCAUAUCUUAUUAUACAUCACAGAAGUCACACAGGUGAGAAGCCAUUUCUAUGCUCUGAGUGUAGGAAAUGUUUUGCAAACAAAUCAGAUCUUGUUAAACAUCAGAGAAGUCACACAGGUGAGAAACCAUUUCCAUGUUCUGAGUGUGGGAAAUGUUUUACACGGAAAUCACAUCUUGUUACACAUCAGCGAACUCACACAGGUGAUAUAUGCUCUGAGUGUGGGAAAUGUUUUGCCAACAAACCAGAUCUUGUUAAACAUCAGAGAAGUCACACAGGUGAGAAGCUAUUUCCAUGUUCUGAGUGUGGGAAAUGUUUUACACGGAAAUCAUAUCUUGUUAUACAUCACAGAAGUCACACAGGUGAGAAGCCAUUUCUAUGCUCUGAGUGUAGGAAAUGUUUUGCAAACAAAUCAGAUCUUGUUAAACAUCACAGAAUUCACACAGGUGAGAAGCCAUUUCCAUGUUCUGAGUGUGGGAAAGGUUUUGCCCAUAAAUCACAUCUUGUUAGACAUCAGCAAAGUCACACAGGUGAGAAACCAUUUCUAUACUCUGAGAACUAAAUCAGCUAUUGUUGCACACAUUAGACAUCACUCAGGUGAGGAACCAUUUUAAUCUUCUGGAGUAUACUUAUCAUUGCCAUACGUUGUUCUUCAAUGUUCUUAUCUUCUCUUCUAUGCUUUUUGCAAUAUACAUGCUACCACAGGGUGAAAUAAUCAGAUGUCAUGCCCUCAUCUACUACUGCUAUGCAAAUGACCUGUUUUUUGCUCCGGGUAUUGAGAACCCAGUACCGAUCCUAAAUGGUUGUCUAGCUGAGCUCCAGGUAUGGGUGAUGCCAGUUGGCUUUGACUCAGUCCUGGUGAAACAGGUCUAUGUGGUAAAAGCUCACCAACAAAGGGCAGGGUUACAGCUCAGCUUUGCAAACCAGACUUAACGCUUGGGGGUUCAGAGUUACAAUAUGCUGAUCAUGUGCGGAAUCUUGGUGUCAUGGAUGGUGGAGUGACACUUACACAUCAGGUACAGCCACAAUCAGAUCCUCAUCUGAGGAACAUAGCCAGACUCCAGCACUUAUUUCCCUCAGAAGAUCUACCUACAGUCAUACAUGCACUUGUAUCGUCACACAUAGACUACUGCAAUGUCCUCUACCUGGGUCUUCCAGCAAAAGAAUUGCACCGCUUGUAGCUUGUACAGAAUGCAGCAGCCAGGCUGUUACCUAACCUGCCCGUUCCUGCCACAUAACACCCAUUCUCUGCUCCCUCCACCGGCUGCCUGCCUUGGGCAAUAUUGUCCACAAGCAGUGCUAAGGUGUCAGAGGGGGAGACAGGGCAGUGGCA